AUGCGUUUUGAAGCUGCUGCAAAUGGACACCUGGAAAUAUUGAAGUAUGCCCAUGAAAAUGGCGGCCCUUGGGAUGAGAGAACAUGCACCAAGGCCGCUCAGGAAGGGCAUUUCAAGAUAUUGCAGUAUGCCCUCAAACAUGGUGCCCAUG